CAAACACAGUCACGUAACGUUACGUAAAAUACACGUACAUUUUUAGUAAAUUACGUCAUGUUACCUGAAUGGUACGUAAUAAUUUUAGUACGGGAAUCGUGUUGAAGACACGUCAUUUAUGGGUACGUAAAAGUUACGUAUUUUAAACGUUACAACUUACGUCGUUAGGUAUUAGGCAUUUUGAAUAAACAAAGGAGAAAAGUAUAUUAAAUUUAUUGUAUUUUGCGCGCGAAUGUUUUGUAGGUACGAACCAAUUAUGGUCUGUGAAACUUGCGUUUGCGCAUACUGCUACGAAACGGCGGAGUGCGAACCGCCAUUGGCGCCAUUUUAACGUUCAGCUUCAGAGUCAGUGAAAAACCGUGAAUUUUGACUGUGUCCAUACGUAAUCCAAGAGCAAAUUUCAUCUGACAUGGCUUACGCUGGUGUAGAGUUUGCAGACGACAAUGCAGUAGCGCUUAUUUGUAGUAGUUGGUUGACCCCAAGGAAAAAACAUUUAUAUUGGCCGCCUUACCAAUCUCAAGACCUCUACGAUAAAGCAUUAAGAAAAAAUGAACAUCAUGUUGAAAGUUGGGUGCAGUACAGUAUUAACCGAUGUUUUUUCUUUUGUGACGAUUUGGAAAAAGGAAAACGAAAAAUAAAAUUAGCGGAGGUAUCGUCAGAUAUUCAAAGUGAAGCAGAGGAAAUUCCGCAUAAAAGAAUUAGAAAACCUACGAGACGAUUGUGUGACAGCGACGAAGACGAGGAAGUAGUGCUUUUUAGUACAAAAAAUAUACGAGAGAAAUUAGAUAGUCAGAAAUUGCCAAGACCGCCUGCGAUUGAAGGAAAUUCAGACUGUUGUAAUUCAAAGCAGUUGCCAGCAGUAGUAGUUCCCGCUAGAAUCGACCAACCCUACAGCAGCACACCAACCAGUUCGAGAUCCUCAAGUACAUUAACUGUUAUAAGUGGACAAAGUGCCUCCGCCUCAUCGACGCCAGGGCAAAAUGUAUUACAUCUGAAUUCGCAGGCUGAAAGAAUUUGCGAAGCUGUAAAUGUGACUGAACGUAAAGAUAAUGAAAUCAUAAAGUUGCUACUAGAAAUUAAAGAACAAAAUAAACUACUUUUGGCACACUUGGAUAAAAAAAAUAACACAUACCCAGCUUCUUUGCCGGACAAUUUUCCAGAUCUUCCUUGCAAUUCGCAAAACGAUCUGGACAUACUAGACAAUUACCUUGAAGAUAAAGAGAAUUUGAAGUGUUUGAUGCAAUAUUUGUCCCAAGUAGGUGGCAAAGAAGUUGUCCCAAAAGUUAAUGCAAUUUUGAGGAAAUGUUUAAGUAACCAAUUGGCCUCCAAAUAUAGCUUCUUGGGCUCUAGGUUGGAGAAAAAAGCGUUUGCUAAUUUGCAUUUGAAGGAGGCAGUAGUAGGAGCAGUUAAAUUGGGUACUUCGGUGGAUAAUGAGCUACGAAUUGUAAAUGCAAUUAAAGAGUGGCUGAAGCACGCGCCCCAAAGGGUAAAAUUAGAAGAAGCCAAACAGAAACUGUAAAUAUUACUUAUUUAAGCUUUUAGUGUGUAAGUGUGGGGUAUUAAAAUGGAUAAAAUCACCAAAAAUUAUAAAUCUUUUGUGUCUCAACGGCAAUUAUAUAGAAGAAUUGCUAGAGAUAGAAAUCGUAUUAACCAGAUUUUACAUUCAUCUGAUACUGUGCAGCCAAUCAAUAUUACUAGUUUGCAUGAAGAUAGAUAUGAAAAUAUAUUUCAAAGUUCUGAAUCAACUUUUGCUGAUUUUAAUAGUAGCAUUUCUAAUAUUGCCUCUGCUGAGGCUCCUGAAGAAGCAGCAUCAGAUUUAGUCACUGAUAAUUCAAAUAACACUUCUACAUAUGAAACUAAGGGUAUCUGCACCACAUAUGGAAAUAGUGUUACAGAUUUUCCUGUAACAAGUCUUUCUGAUAGACUUCGUUAUUGGGCCACAAGUAAUGGUGUGACACGUACUCAUGUUACUAGUUUACUUCAUAUUUUAUCCGAUUACCAUCCAGAAUUACCUCUAGAUGCACGAACAUUGUUGAGAACUCAUAGACAAAUGACAAGUCGAAAAUUAAUUACUGGUGAAUAUUGCCAUUUUGGCAUUCUGAAUUUUUUUAAAACUUUUUUUCUCAAACAUCUUGAUUUACUUUCCAGACAUGCAAAACUCUCUCUAAGCUUCAAUGUUGACGGAAUUCCUUUAUAUCAUAGUAGUAACCUUCAAUUGUGGCCUAUUUUGGCACAAAUUAAAAAUUUUAAAAGCCAUCCUUUUGUGGUUGGAGUUUUUUGUGGGACUUCAAAGCCUUCUCCUUUGAAUAAUUUUUUGGAAGAUUUUAUUAACGAAUAUAAUAGUCUUUCUGAUGGUUUUACCCUUUAUGGUAUCAAAUGUGAAUUAAUUAUUCACAGUUUUAUUUGUGAUGCCCCCGCUCGUGCUUAUUUGAAGCAAAUUAAAAACCAUACUGGCUAUUCAUCAUGCGAAAAGUGCACCGUAUAUGGGGAAUAUCAUAACGGAAGGGUUGUUCUAAAUUCGCUAACUUCUCCUGAAAGAACCAAUGAUUCGUUUGUUCGUCAAAUUGAUGAAGAUCAUCACAUUGGAAUAUCUCCGCUAUUGAGUUUACCAAUUGGGUUAGUUACGGAAUUCCCUACUGACUAUAUGCACAAUAUUUGCUUGGGUGUCACAAGAAAAUUGCUAAACACUUGGAUUUGUGGACCUUUAAAUGUUAGAUUUAGUAGUCACAUAACUAAAACUGUUUCAAAUAAUUUAGAAUCAUUAAAGUUGUAUAUACCAAGCGAAUUCAAUA